GCCAACUGAUGUUUCCGUCUCCUAUUCGGCUGUACCUAGAUGUUACGACAAUAUGAUGGGUAGCAGUCAGCAGUUCUCACUCAGGUGGAAUAAUUACCUGAACCACAUAACUGGUGCCUUUGACACAUUGAGAAAUGAUGAUGAGUUGGUGGACGUAACACUGAGCUGUGAAGGCAAGCGCAUUAAGGCUCACAAGAUGUUGCUGUCUGUCUGCAGUACUUAUUUUAGAGAUCUGUUCAAGGAAAAUCCUUGCCAACAUCCUGUGAUAAUUUUUCGCAAUGUCAAAUUUGAAGACCUGGUGGCUCUGAUAGACUUCAUGUACCAUGGAGAGGUGAAUGUUAUGCAGGAGCAGCUCACUUCCUUUCUGACAACAGCGGAACUGUUGGCAGUGCAGGGCCUCUCUGAGGAUAAGGGCAAGGAGAAGGAGAGGGACAGUAGUCCACUGCCAGAGAGUGAGGUGGACUUGACGGACUCUCCUCCACCACCGCCACCACCACCACCAGUUCAUGAGACUGAAGCCUCUGUCAGUAACAGUGGCCAUAUUGGGCUCUUGCGACACAACAGACAGCGUACGUCGUCUCCGCGAAGUCCCCCUCAGGCUCCGGCUUUUUUUCCCACCACCUCUAAUAUAGAACGACGCCCGGAGUCACCACCUAAUAAACGCCGCCGUUGGUCAUCUACUCAGCAGCCAAUCGCAAAACCUGCUGCAGUGUCUGUGACCAGUAGGAAAUGUGACGAUGAGGGAAGUGGGUCCCCACCACCACCACCACCUUCUCCAGCCAGAAGGUCAGUUACGGAUCAGAACCCAGAAACCACUGAAAUUGCGCCACCCACACCAAACCCUCCCGUCAAAAUGGAAAUGCCCGAUUAUGUUGAUGAAUCUCGGACUCGUGCUGAUCAGGGUCAGAUGUCCAGUGGAACAGCUGUCGAAAAUGACUCUCUUGCGAGCAUGGCACAACUUGUUGCUGCAAAAACUGAGGGUGCUUCAUCACCGACACAAGGAGUGAGUUCGGCUCCGCCAGAUUUGUCAGAUCUUUACGGAGGGAGCUCGCGGGAUGCAGGGGCCACUUCGGACAGCUUGUCUGCUGUUGAACUGUCCCAGAUCCUUGCAAAACCGGGACCGUCGGGAGAAAGCCAGAGCCAAGAUUCUCUGCAGGAUAUGUUGCUGAAGUGUGCACAUGUCAACCGCAAUUCUGCCCCAAGAGAGGUUCACUGUUGCCAGACUUGUGGAAAAACAUUCAGAAAUUAUGAAUCUUUUUGCAAGCAUAUGCCUGUGCAUGAAGGAAAGACUCGGUGCCCCAUAUGCCAAGUGGUACUUUGUCGAACGUCUUACGUCAAACAGCAUAUGGUAACAGUGCACCAUGUUGUUUUGCAACCAGAACCAAACACUAGUGGAUCAGAGUGGACUGGCAGGCAGUGACACUAGGCAGUAUAUCUGUGUUGGUUAGAUAAAUGUGGAUAAAUACAUGAGAAUGUGGGUGUAAUAAUUAGUUGCAAAAAAUAUACAACAUAUUGUGUUUUACAAAAUGUAUAGUGUAUGUAGCUUUUCUGCAUCAUUUUCGUGAAUAUAUUCUAGGUUAAAAUAGUUUGAACAUUUUUAUUGUGUAAUUUAGUUUCAUUAUUUGCAUGUUACAUGAAUCAUAAUAGCGACCUCUCGCUGUGAUUGAAACAAGUCAGUUUUAUAAUUAUCGUACAUUUUCUCGAUGAAAAAAUGGAAAUUUGUGGCCCAUUUAUGUGACUCUCUCUCUCUCUCUCUCUCUCUCUCUCUCUCUCUCUCUCUCACACACACACACACACACACACACACACACACACACACACACAUAUUCUUCUAUGGAAUAGGAGUCAUCAUGAAAGUGUUAUCUGAAGUUAAUUUUAGUAUCUAUGGCCUCACUGGGUAGGUACUCUAAGAUUUUUAUGAAUGAAUAACUCUCUCCUUUCUGUGCCACACUAAGGUUGAGUGAAAGAUAGUGUAAAUAAUUUCUUCUUGUAAUAUAUUUAUGAAUGUUACUGUUGUUAUCAGCCUGUGAUUUAUUAUUGACAACAAAUGCCAUAAGGGAGUAAAUGCACAGUGAGAGUUAUUAGUACACCCAACUGUUUAAAGAACUGUCUACAGGAGCUUCUAGAGUGGACACCACACUUGUUACAAACUUGUGUGUAACAAACAUUUUCUUCCUUGAUGACAAGUUAUAAAAUAAAACAGUGAAAAUAGGAAAAUUAAGCCAACUAUUUGACUAUUUCCUCUCCAAAAUCUGAUAUUAUCCAUAAACCAGAAGUGACAGAGCCGAGAGGUUUAAGACGAUAUGUAUCAUGUGACUUCCAUUCCAGAUUCUUAUUAACGUAAAUAUGUAAGAAUUUAAAAUAUUGUUUUAUUUGUUUACCCUCGUGUUAUCAGGCCUCCUGCAGUACUGAAUUGGUUGUAUUGUGUUCUGUCUAAGUUCAGCAACAGUCCAUUUGCAGAGAACUAGUUAUUAAUCUUCAAGAAAAUAUUAUUUACAUUGUCAAGUUUUUAAUCCUUGCAUGAUAUGCUUAUUGCAUACACGAUAUAAGAUUACUUAAUAUAACAAGAACAAUAGCGGAUUCAGUGUUGUUUCUAGUUGUACACCUGUAGUGAUUAUUCCCAUUUUUGAAGAUGAUGUUUCAAUGUGGAUCCCCCCCCCUGGGUUUCUUAAUUAAACUUUCUUGAUUCUUUUAGUUCGAUAAGAUGAAAAUCAGUUGCCAGCAAGAUUCUUGAUACCGUAGUAUUUGAGCUUCUCUUAAAAAAUAUCUUUUGGCAAUUUUUUUCAUUUCGUUGUUUUGAAAACCUAUCAGAUUUUAUUGGCUGGUACUUUUCAUGCUGUUUCAUCUUAGGAAACACAAUAUGGAUAACUCUUAAGAUUAAUGUGUACAUUGACACAGCUACGUAGGUGAAAUCUUGAGGUAUAAAUAAAUACUGCAGUCACAGAAAUUACACCAAAUGUGUCAAUAACCACAACCAGUAUCUCUCACCUUAGGUAAACUGCUAAUAUAACUUUCAGUGAGCACAAUCUCUGGGGGUAUGGAGUAUUUUUAAUAUUUUGGAAGAUGAAUGAUGACUUGUAAGUAGCCAUAUGAAACUUCCAUAUCUAAACCUUUUAAAAUCCUGAGCAAUACCGACUUUUAAAUCAUUUUCUUGAAAGAAAAACACCUUACUACACUAAAUUUUCGCCUUUUCCAGAGAGUGCCCAUGUAGAGUAUAAUACAUUGGGAUAUUCCAUUCUUUUAUUCUCCUUGAAGUAUGUUGUCAUGUCAUUAUUUUGUGGACUUUAAAUACUAAUAUCUCCUCUUAUGCCUCUGGUAAACAGUUCAGUUCACAAUAUUAAGAUAACCGUCAGUACUCCCAAAAAGGUUAUCUAUCUGCUACAUAAAUUAAUGAAAAAGAAUAUUACCAACUCAGUGUCAACACAGCAAUUUUUUUUCAGUUAGUGUUUUAAGUUAUGCAGUGAAUCCCAAGACUCCAGGGAAACAGUAAGAGAACAAAUUAGAAGCACUGGGGUGUAGAUGUGGAGAACUGUAGUAAAAUGACCUCUGAGACACUGUAAAAAUAAGUCAAUGAAAAAAGGUCACUGAUUUAACAUAAUACAAAAUAGAAAAAUCAAAUUGAUUGGGCAUCUAAUUCAACACAAUAAUUUUUUAAAGAAUACCACUAAGAAAAAAAUCAUGGGAUAGGCACAGAACAUCAAUAUUGCAGAGUGUGAUCAGUGGAAUGAAUUGUAAAAGCUACAACCACAGGUUGCAGAUGGCAAAGAAACACAGAUGAACGCCUGCAGCAGCAACACAUUGUCUUUGGUUAAUGAUGAUGGUGGUCAUUAUCACAAUGAUUUCAGCAAUAUGGACAUGAUGAUAACUGGCAUUACUACAAAAAUUGAUGUAGCUAGUGAUUACUUCUUUAAAAAAUCUAAUUAUGGAUGAAAAUUAUGUUUAUAUGAUUUGGUCACAAGACCUGUGUCAGUUACACAUUUUUUACUCGUACUUUCUCUUUCAUGCUAGGCAACACCAAAGUUUGGCCUCUACAUUUUGUACUGGAAUAGCCAGUUAACAGAAGUAAUUAGUUUUUUUAUAGGGAAGCUAGCAUUACCUAUGGAAAUGUUUGAGGAUAAAUUACUGUGUAGAGUGGCUGUAUGAAAGUAGCUUUCACACUUAAAAUGUUAGCUUGUGAUGGUGUCCUAAAGUUACAGGAAGGCAAAGUAGUAAAACUGUCCAGAAUCAACAGCAUUUUUGAAGAUUAAUCUCAUGACAAAUUUUUUCACUUUUAGUGUGUGUAAAUUGCACACAGAAAAAAAAUACAUAUCAUUGUUUUUGAAACCACAAAAGAAAAAUUUCAAUAAUUUUGUUUGUUGUCAUUAAACAGACCAGAAAUAUAUUUAUUGAAUGUACUCCAGGCCAUAUAUAAAACAAAAAGUCCAAUGAAAACAGUGGAGGUGCUGUGAAAAUACGUCAGUGUUCGAUUUUAGUGUGAUGGUUGGGAUUCAUCUGACAUAUUACAGACACAUAUAGAGAAAUACCUUGUAGGAACAGCUCAUAUCAUUAAGUUUUUCAGGUUGUAAAAUUUUAUCAAAUCUAAAUGAGUCAAGAAAAGUAAAUGCAGAACCAUCAUACCUUCAGUGUCAUUUUUUCCAUGAAUGUAUGCACAAUAAACAGUUACGCUAUGAGGAUUGGUGUUACCAAACUAACAUGCUGUGAUAUUUGCUUUUUUUAUCAAUAUGAGUUGUUGUCGUAAUAGGUUAUACAAUGAAAACAAUAACAGUGUACAACUGAAAAUAAAUCUAGAACUAAGAUACAUUCAUUGAUGAACAAAGAAAGAAGUAAGUUUGGAAAAAUUUAAAAUGUGGCAACAGGAGUUAACUUGUGUUCCAGUGAUUUCCAAGGUGAAUUAGGAGUGUGGUACAGAAAUUUUACAAACCUCUAGUACUUAAUUAAAACGUGUUGUUUCAAUCUAACAGUAUCUUAAGAAUAAAUGUAAUUUUAUAAAGUGCAAAGUAGAGUUAGCUGAUGGUAGCUGUGGAAAUGUAAACACCUUUGUGGUUAUGGGGCUGUAAACAAUAGGGACAGGUAAACUGUAUAGAAGUGUUACAGACAUGAGAAUAAUUAGUACUUUUUGUGUUUACUAAAACAAACAUGUGGUACCUGAAUUUUAUCAAGAGGAUUAUGUUUUAAAUUUCUAUUUUGUUUUACCAGAUCUGCCUUCUGUUUCUGAGUAAUUCUAAUUUUCUCUCUACUAUCCAAACUUGUUCAUGUCUGUUAUGUUGCAAAAUUCUGGUAAAGCAACUUUUAUUUUGAAACUUACUGCUUCAAUCUGGUUGUAUGCAACAGUGCAAAUAAUGAUACAUAAUAGGAGGAGUAAAGCAAACAAGCCACUUUAUUGUUGGGGUGAUCGGUUGACAGGCAUAUAAACAAGACUGAAAACAUUGCUGUUCCAUUUUCAGUGGGAGAGCUCAUGAGAAACUGUAUUUACAUAUUGACACUGAUAAUGAGACAACGGAAAAUCCACACAUCUUUUAUUUUCUGAAACUCAAGUUAAUUCACUAGUUACGUCAAACAACCAAGUAUGUUACUUUUGACAGAUUGGAUGUGGGAGAGUUUGUCUUUCACUUGGAAGUAUUUUAUAACUCAGCUGACAUAUUGUAUUGCACAUAUUUAAAAGGUUCUUAGAGAAAGACUUAAAAUGAUAUAAUUUUCAAGGUGAUAACUGCCAUGCCAGGCAGUGGAAUCCAGCACUGUACAAUAAAAACUGGGGAUUAGAAUGUUUUAUGGUAAAAGUGUGUUGUUACUGUUACACAUUCUUGAAAUGUCCAAGUUAAGUCUUUUACUGGAAUAGGGUUAUCUAAAUUAUAUCGUUCAUUUGAAUAAAAACAUGAAAUGAGCAUUUUAUUACUGCAGUCUAUUGUUUCUUUGUUUUUAAGCAUCAACUCACUCUCAGGCAACCAUUCGUAGAACAGUUGUGACUGUACUAUGAUUGUAAUCUAAACUUGAAUACGUAAGUUGUUGUGAUGUCUUUUAUUCUAAUGCUGUUGAUGAAAUUUCACUUUUGAUACACAUGGAAAUUUUGUUUUCUAGUUGGUGAAAGUUGGAGCAUUAGUAAAUACUGUAAGAUGAGUCUUUGUGUAUUCCUGCAAUGUAUACUUUUAUCUACCAUUGUAUUGUUGUAACUGCAUAAUCAGUUUGCUCUCUCACACCAAACAACAAAAAGAAGUGAUGGUCAAAUUGCUUUUUCACUUAAUAUAUGUUACUCUCACAUGAAACAUACAUUAUACUUUCUGCCACAUUUGUGCAUUGUACACUGAGCAAAGUGAUGCAGUGGUUAGUGUGCUGGAAUCACAUUUUGGAGGAGUGGACUUCAAGUCCCCUUCCAGCCAUCGUGGUUUUGGUUUUACACUGUUUCUGUAAAUUGAUGAAGGUAAAUCAGGCUGUAGUUCAUUACAAAAAUAUUAUUGUGAAUGUCCUUUCCAUGUGUGAGAUAACUUAAAGAAACAUAAAAUUCUGAUUUUGCUGUACUUAAUAAUGUCUUUUUCAAUUUUUUUCCCCACACACAAAUCACUUCUUUCAUCUCUAGCAGUAAUGUGUUGAUGUGAAAAAAGCCCCAUUGCACUAUGGCUGGGAGCCCUUGUUAUGGUACCAGUGUCUCUAUAACUGGUAAUGUCAGUCAGUUCAAAGGUUGGCAGAAUGCAGUAGCAUACCACCUACAAUGUUCAAACCAACCAUAUGCUUGACUCCAUCUCUUCAAUAAGACAUUAAACUCUAAUCUUCAUUUAUUGUGCAAGUGCUUCUUUGCCAGAUCUUUCCUGUGUUGUUUACGUAUUUAUGCAUUUAUUCUACUGAAUUUACUAGUGUAACAUGAAGUAUGCAACCGGUUUGUCAGUUACAAAAUAUAUCUUUAGCAUAUAGAAACAUUAAACUAAAAGCUAUAGCGCAUUGUUAUUGGCUAGAUAUGUACAGACAUAAGCUUAUACAUGAACUUGAAUAAUUUGUCAUACUGUAUCAAAAGGAAAAUUAUCUUGAGAAGACUAUAAAAAUUACAAGGAUACAGACUCGUUGGCCACUGCUUACCUUCAGGACUUGGUAUUCCAGUACAGUUAGCAGAUAUGUUUAGGAGUGCAGACACUUAACCCAGCUUUCAGAACUAUUAGGGAUAGGUCAGGGGUGGGUUACAAAGGAACAGCUGGUCGUUCAGAUUACAGGAUAACAGGGAACCCACCUGUUGUGGGAUAAGGGAAAAUGAUGAUAUUUGUUUCUCCUCGUCCUCCUAACCAGUCCCUUCUUAUCCUGUGGUCUGACUGACCUGCCAUUCCCUUGUAACCUUGCCUGAUCCACCCUUCUUUCCUCCUGGAGGAAACAGCUAUUAGUUGUAGGUUGUAUUUGUAUUCCACCUCCUGAAGGUAAAUUAUGGCAAACCCUCCUGUCUCUGUAAUUUCUAGUACUUUCAUGUAAACAGCUUCUGUUAUGAGAAUAUCAUACAUCUCUUUUGUCUUGGUUUUUUUUUUUUUUAAAAUAUAUAAUCAUAGUGCAGUCACAAUGAUGUAAUUGGAAUUAUUACCCGAUAAUGGACACGGGCUCAAACUACAAGGUGAGAAAAUGUGUGCAGUAAAUUUGUGUAUGUUGUAUGAAUGAUGGUAGUAUUAUAAAAUCCGUUUUUCACACAAUUUCAUAUUAAAACUCAUAGUGACAAUGCUGUGGUGCAGCUAAUCAUUUUCAUAUAUCUUAGGAUAUGUGAAUAUUUUUCUGUUAACAGAGACCCUUGGAUUGAAAUUGUACAGCUUAUACUUAAAUCAUAUCAGUGCUCUGAUAUAAGAACAAUCAUAAUAGUAUCAGUAGAUGCUAUUUAAGUGCAUCCCUAAAAAUUAACUCUUAGCGGCUUUCAAAAAAAAAGGGGGGGGGGGGGGAGGGGGUUGAUGGCUUAGUUUAACACUCUGAGAAGAUUUCUUGACAAAUAAGAGAGUUCAGAGAAAAAGUGAAACCAUUUUCCUGCUCUUCAUUUUACAAAUUAUUUAAAAUUGUGUAGCUGACAUGAUAUUGCAUUUCCUUUCUAUUUGCUAUGUACAUUCUUGUUAAAAUAACAAUUCAUAUAGUUUUGACCAAGUUAGUAAUUUAUAUUUUUAUUUAUUUUUUAUUUCCUGAAUUGUUACUUAAUAGUCCUCACAGUAGUUUAUGCUUGCUGUUUCAACAUAGUGAGUGAGUAAUGCUGCAUUUGUCUGAUUGCAAUAAUAUGCCUGUUAACAAUAACUCUUGUUUUUCCUUACAAUUGAACAUUUUGGAGUUGUUAUCAGUUGCUGAUCAUAAAAAUGGGAAAAGACAUUGUAAAUGCAAUACAGCUUCAGGAAAGUAGUUGAUUAUUGCUAUAUUAGGAGGAAAUUCAUGUACUUAUGAAAAUUAGAUUGUGAAUGUACAAUUACUUUAUUGCUUUGUUGUGAAAACUUACUUUUUUCAUGUAGUGGGCAGUAAUGUUACCAUGCCUUGUGUUCAUGUGUUCAUUUCGAAUCUCUUUCUAUUGAAACUAACAUUGUGCUUGAUGUAAAGCACGUUUAUUGAAUACCUUUCUAUUCAUUUUAUAUCUGUUGAACAGUUGUAUGCCUCCUGUAUUUGGUGACAUGUUCGAUAUUAUGAAUGACAGUUUGAAAGUUUGUUUGUUGGUAGCAGGAUAUUUUGUGUCUAAUGUAAAUACUGUUUUUGUAAUGCAUAAAUAUAUUUCUGAACUAAUACUACUUUUUC